AUGCCUCCCAAAAGAUCCGCCACCAAGGCUGAGGGACUGCCUAGAAAAAAGGCCAAGGCUCUGGCUGGCACAAUCCUUAGCGGGAUCUCAAGAUCUGCUCCUGGCGACGUCAACAUCGGCAGUAUGGUUGAUUUACCCAAUGGCCCAUCAGCCCAACUUAAGCUGUCAAAUAUUCUUGCAGACGACAAGAGCUCUGGCAACACCAACACUACAUCCUCACCUCGUCCAGUCGCAACCAUGGCUCCCAUCCCUCCUUCUGCAAAGAUUCUCCUUGCAAGCACGAAUGUGUCGAUUGCGGCGCUGUCAUAUGCGAACAAUUUCUUCCAUGGAGCAGCGGCUGCAUCUAUCUCAAUACUGUGGAGGUCAGAGACAAAGAUUUCCGGUGCCCCAUGUGCUCAAGGAGAGGAGAUGGGAAGGACAAGCCCUUGCGGUAUGCAUUCAUUGGCUUUGUUUACAUCCAUCCUGCAUAUGCGCGGUGGUGCACAUGUAAACACAUCGAAGAAGCUGGCCCCAGGGGUUGAAUUCAUCAAAUGCAAUAUCAAAGCUGGGUUCCCGCCAAACACCUUUCUUGUGGUGGACACCCAUUCAGAUGAAUACACCGGCAUGCUGCAGCAUACCGGAGGGCAUGCUGGCGGUACUAACACCACGAUCAUCAAAAUCUUGCAGGCAUACCUCGGAGAAGACUUCAUUUAA